ACAAACAUGGAAAUCACAAGCUACUCAUUUUCAUGGGUUUUCUUUUCCUUGUUAUUAUCUUUAAUCCUUUAUACUAUUUUCUUGAACUAUAAUAGCCAAAGUAAAAGAAAACUCCCACCAGGCAAAAUGGGAUUUCCUUGGAUUGGAGAAACAAUGGAGUUUUUCAAAUCACAACGCAAGAACCGAUUGUUCGAGGACUUUGUCGAGCCUCGGAUUACAAAAUAUGGCAAAAUAUUCAAAACAAGGCUAAUGGGUUGGCCAACAAUUGUAGUAAAUGGCGCUGAAGCUAACAAGUUUUUCUUGGCCAAUGAAUUCAAGGUCGUAGUAAGUUCAUGGCCAAGCACUUCAGUUGAACUAAUGGGUAAGAACUCCAUCAUGGAAAAACAAGGAGAUAGGCAUCGAUGUCUACGUGGGUUCAUAGCCUCUAGCCUUAACAGUGCAGGGCUAGAGGCUUUAGUCCCAAAAAUAUGCAAUUCAGUCGAGUUGCACUUACAGAAAUAUUGGAACAAUAACAAGAAUAGCAUAAACACGAUCAGUCUCUACAAUUCUACCAAAGUUUUGACAUUUACUAUAGUUUUUGAGUGCUUGUUAGGUAUAAAAGCUAACUCUGGAAUUUUCACUACUUUUGAGAAAAUUUUGGAUGGUGUUUUUGCACUGGCGUUGUCAUUUCCUGGGUUUAGGUUUUAUAAAGCGAAGAAGGCAAGAAAGGCAGUAGAGAAGUUUUUGGUUGAAGUAGUAAGAGAGAAGAGGAAGAAAAUGGAAGAAGGGUUGGAAAAAGAAGAAGAGGGAAUGUUACUCGAUCAAUUGCUUAGAGGGAUGAUUCGUGGAGAGAUUAGUGAAGAAGAAGUUAUUGAUAAUGUCGUUUUGUUAGUUUUUGCAGCUCAUGAUACAACCUCCUUUGCCAUUGCUAUGACAUUCAAGAUGUUGGCCCAGCAUCCACACUCUCUUUCUCUCCUCCUCCAAGAGCACAUUGAGAUAAUGAAGCAAAAAAAACCUCUCGAGAGAAUAACAUUAGAAGACACAAAAAAGAUGAAGUAUACAUGGCAAGUAGCACGUGAAAGCAUGAGACUUUUCCCUCCCAUUUUUGGCUCCUUCAGAAAAGCAAUUACAGACAUUAACUAUGGAGGUUUUACAAUUCCCAGAGGAUGGAAAGUGUUAUGGACAACACAUGGGACACACUACAACCAACAGUAUUUUGAGGAUCCACUGAGUUUCAAUCCAAGUAGAUUUGAAGAGGAAAUUCCACCUUAUGUCUAUCUUCCUUUCGGAGGAGGACCAAGACUUUGUGCAGGAUACCAAUUGGCUAAGCUUAAUAUCCUAAUUUUUGUGCAUUAUGCGGUAACUGGUUAUGAAUGGUCAUUAAUAUACCCUGAUGAGCAAAUUACUAUGGAUCCUCUUCCAUUCCCUGCACAUGGAAUGCCUAUCAGAGUUUCUUCCAAGUAUAGAGAGAGAUGUGAUUAAUUUACCAAGAAUUUAUGUUAUUAAAAUGAUUUAUUUUAAUAUAAACUUCAUGUUUGUAGUAGGAACUAUUUAUUUUCAUAAGUAACGACUUUUAUUUAUUUAUUUAUUUGUAUAAUUGCUUUCAUAAUAGUGGGAACAAAUUGAUAUAAUACUUUUUCUAAUAAAAAAAAAAUGAUAAUAAUGUUUUAC